CCAAACCAAGUGAGCUGCCCAGCAGCAGAACACCUUCUUUCCCAUUAGUCCCUGGCCAGCAUUGACAUGGCCGAUUUGCUGGAUAGACUGCGGGGGCCCGAGCUGGUAGCUCAGUUUCAGAAGCUGUGUGGACUCAGCCUACUUUCCGAAGAGAAGUCAGCUCGGCAGCACUUUGCAAAAGCUGUCAGACGGGCAGAGCCUGAUUGCACAGCCCGAUUCCACGCUGCCGCAUGGACAGGGCACCAUGUCAACGCUGCAAACAACGGCACGGUCCCCGGGACUCCGGUUCCUCAGAAGAAAUACAAGAUUGAGAAUUACUUCCUCUAUUACCUCUUUCUGUUUGCCGCCACCUUGGGCCAGGAAGUUUUUUACAUCACCUUCCUUCCUUUUUGCUUCUGGAAUAUUGAUCCAUGCGUGGCUCGGAGGGUGAUCAAUAUCUGGGCAGUUGUCAUGUACAUUGGCCAGGCUUCCAAAGAUGUCUUAAAAUGGCCGAGGCCUCCGUCGCCUCCAGUGGUCAAGCUUGAAGUACGGGUGGAUGCAGAGUAUGGGAUGCCCUCCACUCAUGCCAUGGCUGCCACUGCAAUCCCCUUCACCUUCCUUCUGGCUACAAUGAAUAGGUACAAGUAUCCUUUUGAGCUGGGACUUCUGCUAGCUUUGGCUAUUUGUACCUUGGUCUCCCUUAGCCGUAUUUACACAGGAAUGCACACGGUUUUGGAUGUGCUGUGUGGAAUUGCAAUCACUGCGGUGCUGGUGGCCUUUUCCUACCCUUUCUGGGAUGCUCUGGAAAACUUCCAGAUGAGGAACAGUUUCGCCCCGAUACUGGCACUGUCGCUGUCCUUCCUGGUAUCUAUUUAUUACCCUGAGCUGGAUCACUGGAGCACGGCCCGGGGAGACACCACCAACAUUGUGAGCGCGGGCGGCGGCGCGGCUUUGGCGACCUGGAUCAAUCAUCAGUGGAGCCUCCUUCCAGAACCUUCGUCCGCCCCACCCUACGACAUUCCCGCGCUGUCUGCGCCAUUGAUUUGCAGGAUGAGCGCCCGAUUCGCCAUUGGCAUCGUCAUUGUGUUCAUCGCUCGGCACCUGAUAAAGUCCGUCGCCCUGACUCUGGUUUGCAGAUUGGCCGGAGUCUCCCCCCUGGACCGGGAGGCUCGGAAACUGCUGAGGGUCGAGGUUCCCUAUAAGUACAUCACCUACAGCUGCCUGGGGGUGGUGGGACUCGCUGUGUGCCCGGCAGUACACCGCUACUUAGCGCUUUGAAAGUUGAUGCGUGUUGGGAGGCAGUGAGGAGAGUGUAGCACUGGAUGGGCCGAAUGUUCUCGCUCCUUCACUGAGGGGUGGGGGGCGGUGGUGGGUUAAAUUGGAGCUGGGUCUGCUCAGCUCCAGGAGUAAAUUGACCAGGGGCGGCCUCAGAAGCCGAUUUACUCGGAUACAGCUCCCCUCUCCCCCCAGUCAGGUGGUGGAGCAGGCCGCCGGAGCCCGAGGCGCCAUCCAAACGAAGGGUAUCCCAGCGGCGUGCCGCCUCCCCUCUCACCCCUCAAAUAUUUAAUAACCCUCUGUUUCGAGGCGCCCUCUCAUUCUCGGACCUACCUCGGAAGGCCUUGCCUCUAAGUUUAGGCAUAUACCGACUGAGGCCACCUCCAGGAAUUUGCUCCCGACAGUUUGGGCGAGUGGUCAGGGCGGGUUCGGGAACAUCCCAUCCCUGACGUCGGAGUCCUGAGCCCCAGGAGAAUCCUUGCCUUAGCUCGGAUUUAGUGAGAAACCUGAGGGACCAUAGGGUCAUUGCUCACUAACGAAGAUCUCAAUCAACCGGUUCUCAUGGAUAUUUUCCUCUGUUAUCAUACCGAUCGAGGGAUUUCUUCCUUCUGUCCUGUAUCCUGGGCUGAGACCAGCGAAUAGAUUCACAUUGUGCUUCAAGACUACUCUCUCCCCCCAACGCUAUAGGUUCCUUGACUUUACCCCAGCAGUUCCUUCGCACAAUGAACAUUCAUUCAAAUAAACUUAUUCACAUUGUGAAUUCGAGCUCCU